UUCUGCGGUAACCAUGUAUAUUUUGGUUUUAUUUUUGCGAUUCCGUUUCUUUCUUCUCUUCACAGAAAUCCUAGAGCUUUGCUUUCCUCUUUGAUUUGUGUUUGAUUUUUGUUUUAUUCCAACAAUGGGUGUUUUAAAGAUUUCAUUUGCUUUGUGGUAAUGAAUUAUCUCUUUGAUCUGUGCCAUCGACAUUUCUAACGUGUUAUUUGACCAAGUUCAUUGUCGAAAAGCUGUAAUCACCUCUGCAUAUAAAAUUAACUGUGUAUAUAUCUCAUCACCUUCUGUAGUUUAUAUGGCGUAUGUAUUUCUUGAAGAUGAUUUAUGUGCAAUGGUCCAACGGUUAAUUUCUGACUGCCAUUGUUUGUCUAUAGAGGAAUUGAUUUUCUAUGCCUACAAAGAUUUUGCAAUUGGUUAAUUUGAUUAGGGUUUUGUUUCUUAGAUUUCGAUAUCAAUUGUUUAUAAACUGUUCUACGUUGUUUUACAAUCUGAUCUAAGAUGGGAAUUUUCUGUCAGUGCCCCAAUUCUUUGUUUUUAUCAAGAGGAAAUUUACGCUAUCAUCUGUUUGGAAUACUUGGGUUUUUGGGUUACCCAUGGUUGUGAUGAAAGGGUUACUUUUUAUGUUCGGUACCUUCUUCAGUUGAUUCUGAGGAUGGUACGCAAGAAACCACGUGAUUCAUCCAAGGUCUAGAUCUUUCUCCCCAGCCAGCUAAAGAAGAUGCACAUGGGGCUCAAGAAGUGAUGAAUGGCGGAUUUCUUGGAUGGAUGGCUUAGUUUUGUUGAUCAUGCGAAACUAAGAGCGCCUUGAGUGCGACCUAACACAAAGAGUUAAGGGAAUGAGUGGAAAAAGUCAUCAAGAGUUCAAGACCGUACCACUUAAUUUGAUCUUAAGGUGAAGCUCCAACCCAAUGUGUUUUUUUUGACAUGUCACUGAUAUUAUCUGAUAUUAUUAGUUUGGGUGGAAUUUGUGAUAGUUAUAUGGAUGCGCAUUGUUGUCCAUCCAAGUGCCAUGAAGGUAGGUAUUCGGUUUUGGCAGUUUUAAGUUGUAGUUAUUGACUAAUGCAUAUGAAAUAAAGUAUAAAUGAUUCUUAGGCCUAUUCUUAUCCACAUGCAAAAAAAAUGGUGUUUGGCAUACCAGGUAGCAUGGAAAACCAUCUUCGCCACUAUGGGAAAACCACGGAGCGACCGAAUUUCUAGCGAGCGAUAAAGUCUUUAUCGCUGGAGAUAUUGUUAAUAUCGCUCGAAAUUGACUCCAUCGCUGACGUUAUAAUCAAUAUCGCCACCAUUCGAGUUUCUAACGCCUAUAAAUACCGCGCCUAUCCUCUCAAUUCUUCUCAAUUCUUCUUCUCAAAACCACUGAUUUUCUUAAACUUCUGUUCUAAACUUAAACGAUUAUCUUUUGAUUUUCUUAAACAAAUAUGGAGAGAAGAAAAAGAAACAGAAAAACGAAAGGAUGUACUAGUACCCCAGGCAGUGGAGUAAGUUUUGUUGUGGAUACAAAUUAUGAGUUUAGUAAUGUUAGACAAGUAGCCGGUGAAGGUAUAUUCUCCAAUCACUUUUCUGAUCAUGAGGAGCGAUCUAACUCGAUAACUCUAAGAGGUGGAUGGACUGAGUUACGUACAAUUUUUCAAUUACUUCCCCAUGUUGUUCAAGAGAGAGUUAGAAGGUAUCCUUGGCGACAUCUACAUUAAAUAAAACCUAGAAACCACAAGACUCAAGGUGUUCAAGUUAUAUUAGAACGAUGGUCGAAGACUACAAACACGUUCUUUUUCAAGGACUUUGAAUGCGAUAAAUCAGUAUUUUCUAGUAAUUUAAUUUUUAGAUUAUGUGUUUUGUUUCAUAAAAAUCAACAAAUUCUAAUUAUGAAUAAUUAUUGUUAAUAGGAGUUACACCGAUAGAUUUAUACAUGUUAACGGGAAUUCCAUGCCAAGGAAAGUUACUACCAUUUAACAGACUAAAUUGGUUAUCAGACGGUAGAUGGAAACAAAGACUUCCUUUAUAUUCAAAUGAAUUAGAAGGAAAUAAUUCAUAUAGACAAAGAAAAGCUCAGGGGUUAAAGGUGGCUGGGUUGAAAAGUUUUCUCCAGCGUUAUGCUAGGAAAAUGAAUGAAAACAGGGCAGCUGGUAAUGAAUAUUUGAUCCCCGACCAUUAUGAGGAGCUAGAACGUCUGUUUGUAUUGUGCACACUAGGCCAAUGUCUGUUUCCAUAUGCUAGCUCGGUAGUGUUAAUUGGGUUUCUCGAAGCAUUAGAAUAUUUAAAGCAAGCACCAACAUAUGAUUGGGGGUCUGCGAUUUUAUUAAAGAUUUAUAUGGCCCUCGGUGAUAACUCGACGUGUGAUAAAGAUAGUUUUAAUGCUUUUUGGGGAGUUCUGGAGUAUUGGUGGUAUACAUAUUUCGUGUUUCGGAACCUUGUCUUAAGAAUCAUACCAAUGUAUUUCCGAUCAUACGGAAGUAUGAUUCUGAGAAUUGGGAAGCUGCACAGGUUGAAGAUGGUCAACAUGUUGUUAUUGUUCAUAAGAUUCAACCGUUAAGUAGAACAAGCCAUAACCUUGUCUCCCAGCCAUAUGAAGCAAUACCUGAGUUCCAAUAAGAACUAGGUCAGAGAAUGGUACAGUUAAGCCUUACAAGGAUGGUGUUAUACAACCCUAUUUCUGAGAAGGGUGUUUGGUAUUAUGGUGAAAGACAUCUUCUUCUGUUGAAAUGAAGAUCAGUAAUAGCUGUCAACCCUUAUCCCAGUUCAGAUGUUUCAGCAGACGAUUACUUCAAAUUGAUAAGGAAAGGUCAUCAUUGGCAAGAAGCUGAUGAAUUGAUCCAGGAGCCGAUGGACAAAAAUGAGUACCUAUCUUGGUAUAAAACUAUUUUUAAGCCAAAUAUUGCUAUGCAACCGCAAAGUUUGGGUCGGAUGGAUUUUCCAGCUUUAGGUAGGUUGCCACUUGACAAUGAAUUUCUUCCUUCCCAACCUCCAUCAAAGACGGGUGACGCAUUUGCAUAUCCUUCUCAAAGUACAUCAUCAAACAUGCCACCAUUUUUUUGGGAAGUAAAGACUAUAUCCAACACAUCUGGAGAGAUUGUUACUUAUCCAAUUGUUUCUAGUGCACCUACUCGGACUUAUCCAUACUUCGGGGUCAAUGGUACAGAGUUGCAGUAUCAGACCCGGUUGAAUGAUUUUGAGGCUCUAUUUCAGGGAUUUCAGAGUAUGCACUUGGAUGAGAUGAAAAAAUUGAGGGAAAGCAUGAUGUUUGAGAUGAGUCAAGGACUUGAGGGUAAUGAUGGUUCAGGUAGUAGUAGGAGAAUGAGUCCUGGUGUUACAGGAGCUGGUAGAGGAAUGAGUCCAGGUGGAAGUCAGCAAAGUCGUGGAAGUCAGCAAAGUCGUGAAAGAAGUGAAAGAAGAUUGAGACGUCGUCCUAUGGAGGAGGUACCAGAAAGUUCAACCCCAAACAUGGUGUUAGAUAGUCAAGGAGUACGUGGUGUUGAAGAAAACAUUGGCUUGGAUACAACUCCUACACGUAUGUUUAGUCAUUUGCAAACUGACAUAAUGACUCCAGGUGGUGGUGUGAACAUGGAAGUAGUUAGGAAAACGAAUUUGUAUACCCCAAUUGCCUCAACCUCAUCAUCAUUUCAACCAUUCCAGCAACAAUAUUAACAACACGUAUUUUAAGAUUGUAUCAUGUUCCCAUAUCCCCUCAUCCCAUUGAUUAUCAAGGUUAUGUUGAUUCGGAUGAGACUCAAGCACCAAGUGAAACUCAAACGGCACCAUAACUAAUUUUUUGAACAAAUCUAUGGAUCCAGAAAAUGCAGACAAUUGGAUCUUUGGUCAGGGAGGAAAUGGACAAGGAAAUGAGUAGUUUAAAUGUAAUCUUGUAGUUGAAAUGUGAAAUGUAAUUUUGUUUUUUUAAA